AUGUAUAUUCUCCUAGUUCUCCUGUUUUUCUCACAAUCAAUAAGUCAAGCAUCUUCAACGUGUGAUCAGAAUAUCACCGAUAUUUCACAUCUCAACUUCAACCUGACAAUCCUUCCAAAUUGCACAAAACAUCUCCCAAUUUACCCAGGAAAAUCGAUAGAAUUAGAAAUAUUCUGUGGAGCAGGUUUUGACAUCUAUCUGAUUGUUAAUGUGGAUGGGGAUUAUCACACAAUCUAUCACUCGUAUUUUUCGUCAAAUUGCGAAAGGACAAAAAAAUCAUCGAUUAUUUGGAGGGCUCCCAAGAAUACCGGGCUGAUUUUAGAGAAUAAAAUAGAUUCGCAAGGUGAUGAUGGUGACUAUGAAGAUGAUUUUUAUCAUGCGAAUAGCACCAUACAAGUUAGUGUUAUCAAAAAUUCAAACGUUUGCGGAUAUCCUCUUGUAAAACUCAAUACAUAUUAUCAGGAAACAAUUAUUCAAACAGAUACGACUUUUGAUAACUCACAAGCUUGUAUCUAUCGACUUAUUGCUCCUCAAAAUUUUUCAUUUAAUAAAAUUAUGAUUUCUUUCAACACUACUGAUCAUAUAAAAUAUGAUAAAAGAGUUUAUCGAAAUCCCGGGAGUCCAAUAUUCCACGAGGAGAGUUUUGAAGUUAACAAUCAAAGUUUUGUCCUUGAAACUUUUGAUAUUUUAUUGAGAGAGUAUGUGAACCCUCCAGAAGUCUAUGCAAAUCUAUUUUAUGAUCGUGAGUUGUUGACUAAAAACCUUUUAUGUUGAAUUUAAGGUUGCUUGCGUGGAAUUGAAACCAUCAAAAUUCAAUCAAAUGAAGAAUUGAGAACAAUCGUGAUUUCUGAAGAUUUUCUGGAUUAUUGCGAUUUUACAAGAACCUCAAUUUUCCGCAUUGAAAUCAUCGAUAAAAAACCGGAUGAAUAUAUUAUUUUUGACCACGAUAUUGAAGUUCAGAAUGAUAGACAUUUCAAUUUAUAUCAUCUAAACGAUCGGGAACACCAGAUUAUGAAGUAAGUUUGAAAUUGAAUUUUUAUUUAGACACUUCACCAAAAAGUGUUCAGCUCUACUCAUUGGCUCAAAACGGCUGCUUUUAACACAACUGGAUUAUAUUUGGAAAUAAUGGACAAGCAUGCUUUGUACACGGUUACUGUAAACAUUUAUAGAGUGAAGAUCAAGGUUGGAUGUCCCUAUUCAUUUUAUGAUUCGGAUACAUUCAGAGAAGAUGGAAAAACUAGUUUAGAAAUUGCGGAAAAUUGCAAAACUGUUGUUUAUCAUUGGAGAAUAAUUAACCAACAUUUGAACGCAAAAAUAAUUGAUUUAAGUUUAGGAAUUGAGGGAGCUCAUAGGAAUGAUACUAUUGAUGUGAAUGAACAUAACGAACGAUUUUCGUAAGAUUUUUAAAAUAAAAGAAAUUAUAAUUGAAAAAUGUUUUUUCAGGAGAAACGCAAAUAUUUUUAUUAAAUCUGGAUUACCUUAUGAUACCAGCAGUCGAAAAUUGGAAGUGGCAUUUGUUCGUCUUCAAUCAUCUCACAAGCAAGCUACAAAAAUCAAUUUUGCAUGGAAAUUUGCAAUCAGUAAGUACACUUUAAUACACUUCAAAAUUUUAUUUCAUAAACAAAUUAAAGAUUGUAAAUGUAUCAGUCAUGUUAGAUAUCUCGCACUGGGUUCCAGUGAAAAUAUAACAAGCCUUAAUUAUCCUGAACCUUAUUGUAAAAAUUUGCAAUGUCGUGCCCAUUUUUACACCGAUGAGGAAGCUAUUUUUGAAAUUCAUUUGAAUUUCUUUCAACUCGACAAAAAUGGCGAUCAUUUAUCAAUUUAUAAUGGAGGAGUCAAUAAUUUGAAUUUGAUAGAAUAUCUGGAUGGAAAACAUAGUUUAGAAUUAAUAAAAGCUGGGCAACAAAUCACUUUUCUUUUUGAAUCGAAUUCUCGGAAAACACGGAAUGAUAAAGGAUUUCAUAUCACUUUAAAAAGUGUGAAGAAGCCUAAAGAUUUAUUAACAACUACCUCACAUUCUGUGGAAGUUACAACUUCAGAAUCGAAAAAAUAUUCGGGGUCAACAUCUUACGGAGUUGUGAUAUCUAUCUUCAUUCUUUUGAUUUUGGUUGUGGGUGGUAUUGGAUUUUUCGAAAAACAUGGAAAAUUAAAUCUGAUUAUUGAAAAAAUAAGGAGAUGA